AUGCCGCAAGAGGUGCAUUAUAGCGCCAGGCGCCGCCCGCUGACCAGCCACUCGCCCAGCCAACCUUUUCCUCCUCCGCCUUACCCUCCGCCUCCUUAUGAUGCUCAUCCGCCGCGGCCCCUGCGGCCAAGCAAGUCGGCGGCGCAGCUGCGGCCCGAGACGCGAGACCACUGGCCGCCUCCGCCGCCGUUGCCGCCGAAGUGCACCGUGAGCCGGCACCAGCAGCAUCUCGAGCUCGACUCGCCGCUCCCGCCUCCCCCGGCCGCCCCCUUCGCGGCGGCGUCGGAGCUUCGACGGGUCCAGAGUUCAUCGGUCCUCGUCUCCUCCUCGUCCGCCGCCACGGCCUCUGCGGACCGGGCCAGGCGCGAGGAGACGACGUCGACGUCGUCAAAAUGGAAGACGGCCAUUGACGAGGCUCAGUACUUUGCCGGCGGCCUCAUCGGCAGGCCCAGCGAGUCAACGCGGCACUACACCAUCAUCCGCCACUCGCACGCCCUCGUCUGGUACCGCGGGCCCUCGACCUCCGUCUCCAUCUCCAUCCUCGCCGACGCGCCCCUCCCCGCCGCGCGCUCUGUCUGGCUCCAGGCAAAGGGCUUCUCGGGCGACGUCGGCAUGGCCGUCAAGGCCCUCGUCGGCUCCACGUCGACCUGGCUCGACGUCACCCCCGCCCGCCAGGCCACCCCGGACCAGCUGCCCGACGUCGACGAGCGCGGGGUGCAGCGCGAUCUGCAGCGGUUCGCCAAGAGGGCCUCGGGGCGGACGAGGGCCCAUGUGCCGCGGGAGACGCAUCUGGUGCGCAUCCCUGCGACGGCGGCCGACGGCUACUUCCGCCUCGUCGUGUGUGCCGGGCAGGGCUGCGGCAGCAAGGUGCUUUGUGGGAGCCCCGUCUUUAGAAUCGCCAGCACGUCGACGGAUGUGGCCGUCGUCCGUGGCGCGAGCCUCGCCACCAUGCCCAUCGAGGUGGGCGUCAAGGUGGCCAGCACCAUCGGCCAGCAGGUUGCCAAAAAAUACCUUGGCGUCGCGGGCGCCGUCGUCAACACCGGGGCCCAAAAGGCCCUCAAGAGCCCCGUGCUCAAGAACGCCGGUCGAGCCGCGCAGUAUGGUUAUCGCAACUUUGGCGUCGCCGCCGCCCUGCAGGACGGCUGGAACAAGAGCCCGCAGCUGCAUCCGGCGCACGGCCAGAUGCUUGAGCAGACGGUCGCGCUCGUCGGCUCCGACGCGGGGCCCGAGGCGCCCUUUCCCCUCAGGUUUGACGGCACAGUCGUCAGGGGCAGCGGAUGGUCCACGGCCGAGCUGGGGUUCCCGACGGCGAACCUCGUGCAGGUGCCCGGCGCCGUCACGGCGCAGCUCCGCGGCGUCUUCGCCGCCUGGGCCCGCAUCGUACCCGCCGGGGCGUCGGGCGAGGUGGCCCCCGGCUGGCACGAGGCCGUGGUGACGAUUGCGCCGCCGCGCGACGCGCCGCCCAGCGUGGCCGUGGACAGUGCCGUGUGGGUGCACGUUGCGCACGACUUUGACGGGGCCACCUUUUUCGACGCCCGGCUCAAGGUCAUGCUCAUGGGCUUCCUGCACCAUGCCGGGCCGGCCGCGGCCGAUGACAUGGCCGGCGCGCACGUGCGAGACGUCGUGGCGACGCUGGCCAGCCUGGGGCGCGAGGCGUGGGCGCCGCGCGAGGCCGUCGCCAGGAUCGAGACGGGCCGGGGCGAGGGCAGCUUUCCAGAUCGGCUCAACGAGGCGGCGGGCCGGGCGCGGCAGCAGGUCGAUCGGCUGCCGCUGCACUGGGCAGGGGUGCGGUCCGAGGCCGGGGCUUUACGGGACCGCAUGUACGGCAACGGUGGGCUGUGGAUCGCGAGGUGA